AUGCGGCUCAUCAACACCAACACCCUGGCCCUAGAGGAAUUCUUCGGCAACAGUAUUCCCCCUUAUGCAAUUCUUUCUCACACAUGGGGUUCCGAAGAGGUCACCUUCCAAGACUGGAAGACCCUCGCCAUCGCCCGAGAAAAAAGGGGCUUCCAGAAGAUCGAGUUGGCCAGGUCACAAGCCAUCAGCCAAGGCCUGGAGUAUCUAUGGGUCGAUACCAAUUGCAUCAACAAGGAGAGCUCUACUGAGCUGGCCGAAGCCAUCAAUUCCAUGUACACAUGGUACAGGAACGCGGAGGUCUGCUACGCCUACCUCUCAGACGUCUCAGAGGCAGAAGACCCGGAUAAGGCCGCAAGCAAAGAGGCAUUAGCCUCAAGACUAUCCCAAAGCCAAUGGUUCACGCGCGGAUGGACCCUACAGGAGCUGCUGGCGCCCCGCCAGGUCCUCUUCUUCUCCCGCGAAUGGAGACAAGUCGGGACGCGCAAGGCCUUGGUGGACCUCAUCUCAAAGAUCACUGGGAUCAGCACAGCUUACAUGUCUUACAAGAAGAAGAGGCGCUUGGCGCCAAUAUCAUCUGCGAGCGUCGCGGAGCGCAUGUCGUGGUUGUCUUGCCGCAGGACUUCUCGCAUCGAAGACAUGGCAUACUGCAUGCUAGGAAUCUUUGACAUCAGCAUGCCGCUGCUGUACGGCGAAGGCUCGAGGGCUUUCACUCGUCUGCAAGAGGAAAUUCUGAAGGUCUCGACCGACGAGUCGCUGUUCUGCUGGUCUUGGAACGAGAAUGACCCGCCAUGUUGGCCGAGCAUGCUCGCACCGUAUCCCAAGAACUUCAGGAACGCCAUGCCAAGAUCUAUCGACCUGGGAGCUGACGGCAAGCUCUCCAUCUCCGAGGUCUCCGAGGAAUACCAGCCGAAAAAUGGCCAAGCUCUUAUCUCGGUGAAGUACUCGGGAGUCAACCACUGCGACCUCAACUUCUUCCAUGUUGGCCUUCAUUCCUUCGUCACCGGAUUCGAGUUCGCCGGCAUAGUCGAAGCGACGGGACACGUAUCAACCCUGAAAGUUGGCGAUGCCGUCUUCGGUCUCUCCCCGGUCCACUUCCCGAAGCCUUCGUCCUUCGGCACUCACCAAGACAAGGCGAUCGUGGAAGACAGUCUCACCUACAAAAUUCCAGACGGUCUUGGGCUCAAGGAAGCCGCAGGAGUAGCGAUGGGAGCCCAAACAGCCACUGACGCCAUCUUCAACGUCCUCGGAUUCGGCCUGCCGGCGGCUGGUGUUACUGGGACGAAGCCUGAGAACACUCCGAUUCUGAUCUGGGGCGGCGCAAGCAGCGUUGGAGUCUCGGCAAUUCAGCUCGCCAAUAUCGCUGGCUUCAACCCCAUUUUCGUAACCGCUUCGUCGAAGAACCACGCCACCCUUGAAGCACUCGGUGCUAGCCAUUGCUUCGACUACAAGAGUCCCACCAUUACCGAUGAGAUUCGCUCCGUUACGAAGGAGCUCGGCAUAGUCCUCAGUGUCGGCUUUGACACAGUUGGAAGCGGCCUUAUCCCCCCUGGGCAGGAUGUUGACAAGAGCUCCCCGUCACUGAUGCGCAAGAGCCUAUCGGAGGACGCUGACGUCGAAGACAUCAAGCUUGUAUGCACGCUUCCUGUUCCACAUGACGGCGCCUUUGGAUUUUGCACCUCCUAUCGGCCAGCUGGUGCUGUCGGAGCGAUUGGAGAGCCCCAGAAUCCUGAAUUCCCUCAACGCACGAGGAAGGUUAUGGACUAUGCAACUAGUGGUUCCGGAAAGAUACCCAAGCAUCCCAACGUGGUAUUGGCGAAAGGUGGCGAGCUAGGCAUUACCGAGAUCCAGAGAAUCGCAUACGGCGGUGCUUCCAUGGAGAAGGUUGUGAUUGAGCAUCCGAUCUAG